CAGCACCGGGACCGCUUGUCCUUCUCCCACACCAGGACCGACCCUUCCCCGGCUCACCGGGACCUGGCCCAGCUUUUAAAACCCACGAAUACCAGAGCACUGGUAACAAAAAUCCAGGCACGGCGGAGCAGAGGGCCAAGCCCUCGCCCAGCACAGGGUUCCCUAACUCGGCAGGAACGGGGAGCAGUGACCAAGCAGGACCAGCCAAAGACCAGCCCUGGGGCUUUCUGCACAGGUGCUGUCGGCGAUGCGAGCGAUGGCAGACCAGGCUGCGGCUGCGGCGGACGCCUCUCCCACCCUGGCACCAUCGCCGGGCUCGCCUCAGCGCAGGGACACCGAUGACCUAACGGCCCAUCCCACCAGCACCAGGGAGGACAGUGGCGGCCGGGAUGGCUGUGGGCUUGUUUUCACCAUGGAUGGGGACACAAAGCCAACCCCCUCACCCCAGCCCAGGGGGAUGCUCCUGGCUGACUUCCCGCGGGCCCCCCAGCCCCGGCUGAGUCCGGCCAAGUCCCGCACGGCCCCGUCCUCCCCCAGCGUCUCCCCAUCGGAGAGCCGUGCUGCCCUGCUCCGGCUGCGCGAGGCCAGGCUGGAGGACACCAAGAGGCGGCUGUCAGAGGCCGUGCAGGAGCCCCUCAACCGGCUCAGCCGGCUCAUGGCCGAGGAGAGCGGCCCUGUACCCCGGGCGAAGGCGGGUGCUGGGGGGCAGGAGACAGGCGGCAGCCCCGGGCAGAUGGGGGGCCGUGGGGCUGGGGGACACCGGGUGCAGGACUGGAGCCCCUGGGAGCCCACCCUGAACUGCCGCUACGAGAUCUGCUCCUACGGGGACGUGAUCCAGGUGGUGGAGGUGGCACAGCAGGAUGUCGAACCCCAGCUGCGACCCCCCAAGGAGCCGCCACCGGCACAGCCAGGGGGCACAGUGCCGGGCAGAGCCCUCGUCUCCAUCGCCCUCCUUGCCUAUGGCUACUUCGUCCUGCCCCUGCCGCCCUACGCCGCCGGCCUCUGCCUGGGACUCCUCUGCGGGCUGGUGCUGGGCUUCCUCGCUGUCCUCCUCCUCGUGCCAAAGCCUCCGCUGGUGACACGGGGACCACAGGGCUGCCUGCGCCCCAAGCUGCUCCCGGGGGAGCUGCAAGAAACCCACCACCUCCAGGGCUGGAUGAACCAGCUGCACGUCUAUGACCCCGAGCUCUUCCACCCCUCACUCACGCACUCGGUGCUCGCCGUACUGGAUGGGGCCACUCUCAAGCUCUCCUACCCCAAGAGCAACAUCCCACGCCGAGCCACCUUCGAGGAGGAAAUCCUCGACCCUGUCUUCAUCAGCCACCGCUGCUACAACCUGACCGACGCCAAGGUCUUCCUCUGUCCCCCCAGCCUGGCCCGAAAGCGGACGUGGAACAAGAAAUACCCCAUCUGCAUCCUCCUCCCUGACCCGGCAGAUGUGGAGAGCAGGAGCAGCGAGGAGCAGGAUGUGGAGCUGCAGAGGGAUGAAGGCACAAAGAAGGCACUGGUACCGGGGCAGGAUGUCCCGGAGAAUUGCAGGGAGAGGUGCCUGUACCUUUUCGGGCGGACAGGCAGGGAGAAGGAGGAGUGGUACCAGCACCUCGUGCGAGCCUCCCGCCAGACACCCAGCAGCAGCCACGGCGAGGCCAGGGCAGGCGUAGGACCAGCUCUGCAGAGCAGUGGCAGCAGCAGCGGGGGGAGCGCUGAGGACAUUCCCUCCACUGUCCCACCCAAGGAGCUGGCAGGAAGCAUCCGACAGAUUUUCUUGGAUUACAGCACCUACAUGGCCCGAUUCGUGCCAGCGCAGGGUGGGGGCAGCCUGGACCGGAGCCCCUCUCAUGGAGCACUGGGCAGCCCCACACCCACAAAGGGGCUUGUGGCUUCUGUCCCUCUGCAGCUCGUUGAGGACACAGGCGGGCGAAGCGAGGCAUCGUGCAUGGCCUGGAUGAACGCGCUGGUGGGGCGCAUCUUCUGGGACUUCCUCCGGGAGCGAUACUGGGCGGAGCAAGUGUCCAGCAAGAUCCAGAAGAAGUUGAGCAAGAUCAAGCUCCCUUAUUUCAUGAAUGAGCUGACGCUAACAGAGCUGGACAUGGGCACAUCCAUCCCCUCAGUCCUCAGCGCCUCCAACCCCACCAUCAAUGACCAAGGGCUCUGGGUGGAUAUAGAGGUGACCUACAGCGGCUCGUUGCAGAUGACACUGGAGACGAAGAUGAACCUCUGCAAGCUGGGGAAGGAGAGUGCUGCAGAGGAGAGUGGCCCGGCAGAGGCGGGCGGAGAGAGGGCCAGGCCACGGCUGAUCCUGCUAGCAGACAGCGAUGCAGAGUCGUCCAGUGCUGGCUCCUCCGACGAGGAAGAUGUCACCGCCGCAGAGCCCGCGGGAGUCCUGGGGGAGCGGGUCCCACCGCCUGGCGCCGAGGGCCACAUCAGCAGCAACAGCACGAGCCGGAAGAUCCUGCGCUUUGUGGAUAAGAUUGCCAAGUCCAAGUACUUCCAGAAAGCCACUGAAAAUGAGUUCAUCAAAAAGAAGAUCGAGGAGGUUUCUAACACACCGCUGCUGCUGACAGUGGAGGUGCAGGAGCUGGCAGGCACCUUGGCCGUGAACAUUCCCCCACCACCAACAGACCGUGUCUGGUACAGCUUCCGAGUCCCACCUCAGCUGGAGCUGAAGGUGCGCCCAAAGUUGGGGGAGAGGGAGGUGACCUUCCUCCAUGUCACCGAGUGGAUCGAGAAGAAGCUGCAGCAUGAAUUUCAGGAUGUUGGGAGAUUUACCAUGACAUGGUACCCACUGGUUUGUUUCCAGCGUUUGAGACCUCUGGUCAAAGAGCAGAAUGUUCCCACAGAAAAUUUUGGUGAUGCCAAACAUGGACGACCUCAUCAUUCCCAUCAUGCGCUCUCGCCUGGAUCCUCAGCCAACCACUGUGGGACUGUCCCAGGACCCCCUGGCCAAGGGGGACAAAAGGCUCUGAACCGCAGCCCCACAGCCAGGGCAGAGGCACCCACAGAGCUCAGGGACCUCGCUGGGACAUGAGGCCAACCAGGGCCUGGCCACUGACUGCACACCAGCCUAUGCUGUGGCCUCUGAGCUCAGUUCAUCUCAUCCUCAGCACUUUGGCAGAUGAGCCUCCUCCUUAAAUACUGCAAGCACAUGUUCAGAGCAGAACCAGACACAGGGCAAGGGGUUUGCUGGAAACCCAAGAACUUCACGCAGCUCCCACCAGUUCCCAGGACUCCUGGUCAAGGCAGCAGCUCUGAACGGGGCUUUCCACUGUCUGGUUCCCAAAGAGGAUGCAGGACGCCCAGGCUGGUUCUGCACUGAAGGGAGUUGUGGUCACUGCUGAUCCAAGACAUCACAGCUCCAAGAUACAUCACACCCUCCCUGCAGGCAGCUGGACUGCAAGGAAAACAUGGGUGGGAAAUGAGGCCAAAAUCUGAAUAAAUCCAUCACUGCCCAGU